AUUCAGUAUAAAACGAACUCGCUUGGAGUGUACACCAUUGAAAAUUUAAAUUUUGCAUUUUAAAAACUAAAUACACAUAUUUGUUUAUUAAAAAAAGCAUCUGUGAACGAAAGAUUAAUUGUUUUUGAAAUGAAACUAAUCAUUGCACUAAUUGUAUUUGCUGCUUGUCUAUUACGCAGUGGACAUGCUAUCAAAUGCUAUCAAUGCAAAUCACUAACAGAUGCGAAUUGUGCAAAGGACGUCAUUGAUGCUACUUCGAAUAUACAUAUAGUGGAUUGCGAUAUGGUAUCGAAACCAAAUACAAUGGACCAGUUAAUUCCUGUAACCAAAUGUAACAAAGUAAUAACAAGCGACAAGGCUGGUAUUAUAGUUUCCCGUGACUGUCAUUUCGAAGUAGUGGGACAGAAGCCCGAUGUUUGCACCGUAUCCCACAGCCGUGAAGUUCAAAACUGCCAUAUCUGCAAAGGUGAUUUGUGUAAUGCUUCCUCUGCUGGACGUUUAAUGUAUACCGGCUUGGCGGCGCUUUUUGGAAUGGUCGUAAUGCAGUUUGUGUUAUAAAUAUUGUUUGUUUCUUACACUUAUUCGUAAACAUAUUAUAUAUAAAUAUACGUGUAUAUACAUAAUUAUGUAAUAUUUAAAGUGUAAAAUUUAAUUUCAAAAAUAGUUUCAGUUUCAAAAUUCAUAUCAAAAUUGAGGAAUACAUACUCUUAUUGCAAUUAUCAAACUAGUAAAAGUAAGCAACAUGUUAAAUUACCUGAUACAAUGUAAUAAAAGGUUGUCGUUUUCAAAUAUAUGUACA